AUGCCGGCGACCAACCAGGGCUGGCCGGAGGCGUUCGGGUUCUCCAUCAGCGGCCGCGGGCCCUGCUACGUCCUCUGGGUGGAGGAAGGCAGCAGCGCGGCGGCGGCGGGCCUGCGGCCGGGCGACGAGGUGCUGGAGCUGGAGGGGCAGCCCGUCGCCUCGCUGGGCCGCCCGGCGCUGCUGGCGCUGGCCCGGCGCUGCGUCGCGGUGCCCCCCAGCAUCGGCGUGCUGUCCCGCCUGCAGCGCGCCGACCUCCCCCCGGGGCCCCGAGGCCGCUUCGGCUUCCAGCUGGCGGGCGGCAGCCCCCUGCGGCGGGACCUCGGGCCCAGCGCCGAUGCCGUGCGCCAGGAGAGGAAGCAGAAGGCGCAGGAGUUCAGCAAAAAGGUGGACGCCAUCCUGGGGGACCAGCCGGAGCUCAAGGAGAAGGUAUUCACCGUGCUGAAGCAGUACGCGGCGGAGCGCAAGGUGGAGUACCUGGCCUCUGCCCUCUGCAUGGUCCUCACGCAGGAGUCCCACCAGCACCUCAUCGACAGCAUCAGGAUUUUCAUCCCCAAGAAGCACCGGCAGCGCUUCGACGAGGUGGUGUCGCAGAGCCUGAUCAGCAAGCUGUGCCGCUCCAAGAGCCAGCAGCACAGCAACCGGCUGCGGCGCAGCCGGAGUGAGGACCACCAGGAGCGGCUCCUCGUGUCCACCCGCGCCAGCUCUGUGCCCCGCAGCCACGAGGAGGCCAGCAGGAGCCUGCGGAAAAGCACCUCGCUCAUCACCAGCAAUGUGGCCUCGGGGGCUGCCCGCAGAACAGUGCGGGUUUAUAAAGGCAACAAAAGCUUUGGCUUCACGUUACGUGGACAUGCACCAGUGUGGAUCGAGUCUGUUCUGCCAGGGAGCCCGGCUGAGAAGGCUGCGCUCAAAGCCGGAGACCGAAUCCUAUUUCUCAAUGGCCUGGACAUGAGGAACUGCUCCCAUGACAAGGUGGUGUCGAUGCUGCAGGGCAGCGGGGCGAUGCCCACCUUGGUGGUGGAAGAGGGGAUCGUCAACUUCUCCAACGACUCUGACUCUGCUGAGUCCCCGACCGCCUCCUCCGCGCUCACCUCCCUGCAGUGGGUUGCAGAGAUACUCCCCUCUAGCAUCAAGAUUCAAGGGAGGACCUUCCACCAGCAGCUGGAACACCUGCUCACUCCACCUGAGCGCUAUACCAUCUGCAAAGCCCUGGAAAGCUUCUUCCAACAUCGGAAUAUUGACACUCUUAUUGUGGAUGUGUACCCGGUGCUAGACACACCAGCCAAGCAAGUCAUUUGGCAGUUUAUCUACCAGCUGCUGACGUACGAAGAGCAGGAGCACUGCCAGCAAAAGAUUGCCAGGUUUCUUGGUUACAAGUCCUUGGCAGGUGAGAGGAAAGCCCCCGCUCCGGCAGGGACGUGCCCCGAGCCGGAGGCAGAGGAGCGCUACCGCAGCUCCGUGCGAGGGGCCUCCCUGUGCCGGGGCAGCCUUCGGACCCCCCGCCCCGAGGAAGUGGGGGCUGCAGGUCAGAGUGACACCGUGGAGGUCCCGGUUCGCCUGAUCCCUGGAGAGAGGCAGGCUGGGGACGGCACGUCCCUGCCAGAGACCCCCAACCCCAAAAUGAUGUCGGCUGUCUACGCAGAGCUGGAAAACCGCCUGCUCGGCAGCUUCGCCAGCAAGAUGGGCAGUGCCGCCCUGCACAGGGCAUCGCCUCCGGCCCCAGAGCCAGCGCGCACUGCAGGUUCUCGCAAGUCGGGGAUGCCGGUCUCAUGGCCGAGCGACCCGCUGGCCUCCCAGCAGUGCUACUACCGCCUGCACAGCAGCAUGCCCUCCCCGAGCAGCACCGAGUCCAACCCCUACGUCAGCCUGGACAGCAGCCCGGCCCCGUCCCCCCGGCACCGGCAGUACCCGCUCAGCCCGCUGUCGCGGCGGAAGAAGCUCUUCACCUUCUCCAGGCCCCCGCGCAGCCGCGACACCGACCGGUUCCUGGACGCCCUCAGCGAGCAGCUGGGACACCGGGUCACCAUCGUGGAUGAUUUCCUCACCCCCGAGAAUGACUACGAGGAGAUGAGCUUCCACGAUGACCAGGGCAGCUACGUCACCAACGACGUCAGCAGCAGCGAGUACAUCAGCAGCAGCGACGAGGGCAGCUCCCUGACCUACUCCACGCUCUCGGACCACAUCCCCCCGCCACCGCUCAGCCCCCCUCCGCCGCCGCCCCCCCUGCAGUUCCACGACCCCCAGGCCGUCCCCGCUAAGGCAGAGGCCGCCAAGGCGAGCGCGUCGCCUGCCCCCAAGUCCCUCAUCAGCCACCUGCACCCCAUCCCGCCCCCGCCCCCCCCGCCGCCACCCCCCCCGGUGCCCUGCGCCCCCCCCCUGCACCGGGGGCUGCUGCACCGCAGGAGCGAGACCAACCACAUGAGCGUCAAGAGGCUGCGGUGGGAGCAGGUGGAGAACUCGGAAGGGACCAUCUGGGGGCAGCUCGGGGAAGACUCGGACUACGACAAGCUGAGUGACAUGGUCAAAUACCUGGACCUGGAGCUGCACUUCGGGACGCAGAAACCAACCAAGCCAACUCUCAUGCCUGAAACCUUUAAAAAGAAAGACGUGGUUGAAAUUUUGUCCCACAAAAAGGCCUACAACACAUCCAUCCUGAUCGCCCACCUCAAGCUCUCACACAUGGAGCUGCGCCAGAUCCUCAUGACGAUGGAGACGGACCGCCUGGAGCCUUCUCACAUCAAGCAGCUCCUGCUGUACGCCCCGGAUGGGGAGGAGGUGCAGCGCUUCCAGAGCUACAAGGAGAACCCCGGCAAGCUGAGUGAGCCCGACCAGUUUGUGCUGCAGAUGUUGUCAGUACCAGAGUACAAGAUCCGUCUGCGCAGCCUACAUUUUAAGACCACCCUGCAGGAGAAGACAGAGGAGAUCAAAGCGAGCUAUGAGUGUAUCUGCAAGGCCUCUCUGGAGCUGAAAAGCAGCAAGAAGCUGGCUAAAAUCCUGGAGUUUGUGCUGGCAAUGGGAAACUACCUGAACAACGGGCAGCCCAAGACCGGCAAAACAACAGGCUUUAAAAUCAACUUUCUCACUGAGCUGAACACAACCAAGACUGUUGAUGGGAAAUCCACCUUCCUGCACAUCCUUGCCAAAUCACUUAGCCAACACUUCCCAGAGCUCCUGGGCUUUGCCAAGGAUCUUCCUACAGUGCCGCUCGCUGCCAAAGUGAACCAGAGAACGCUGACGGCUGACCUCAAGGACCUCCACACCACCGUCAGCGACAUACAGGUGGCCUGCCACAACAUGCCUGCUACCGCAGAGGACAGAUUUGCAAUCGUGAUGACUUCCUUUCUGGAGAGUGCCCAGCCCGCCAUGCGCUCGCUGGAUGACCUGCAGCACAAGGCCAUGGAAGAAUUCGGCAAGGUGUUGUCCUUCUUUGGGGAAGACUCUAAAAUGACAACUUCAGAAUCUUUCUUUGGCAUUUUUGCAGAAUUCAUGAGCAAGUUUGAGCGGGCACUCACUGACGUGCAGGUCGGUGAGAGCCAGCGCAGUCCCAGGAUGACAUCCCCCCUUGCCUGGUGACAGGCCGUGGCAACGCGAAAUGCAACAAUUUAUUGCCAACAAAGUGCAAUUUGCUCCCGUUGAGUUUGGUUGUAAAUACACUGCUGCUGCCUGCUACCACCGAGCAGAACCGCAGGCCGAGGGGCUGGGACAGCUCAGACGCUGAACGGGCACCACAGACGGUCACGGAUGGAAGUGGGGGUGAGGCACGGGCACAGGAAGGCAAACACCGCCUUGGUUUGACAAUGUCCUUCUUAGCAUCCUUCACUUCAAGUGUAUUACAGAAUCAAGGGCUUCAGACACACCCAGGUAGAACCCUGCUGCCCUGUGUCCCUGCAGCACACAGACCUGGCACCAGCAGUUGCAGUAGCCCUGUCCCCUGUCCCCGUCCCUGUGGCCAGUGGUGCGUGGCUGCGCAGGGCCCCUGCCCCUCGUGCAGGAUGUCCCCUCGUGCCCAAGCGUUCCCCUCGCAGCUGCAGAGCCGGUCAGGCCGGGAUGGGAGCACUGGGGAUGAGUACAACCCUCUCGACCCCCUGUGCACUGGAGCAGCACAGCGUGGGGCUGCAGUGCUGCCUGCGCAGGUGGCAGCAGCUGGGUGCAGACCACCGGUGGUGGCCCGGAGGCUCUGAUGCCUGCCAAUGUUGGCCAGUGGCAGUGAUAAGAGACAGCACCUUGCAGAACCCCAUGGCACACCCAUGUGGUGCCGACCUUGGAUCCAGGGUGGUUGUACCCAGCUGCUCGGGAGAGCAAGGAAAGCCCCAGAGCCCUUCUGGCCGUCAGCUUUGCUUAAAGGUGCGGCAAUGACUGAUAAAAAAUCUUGUUGAUAAUUUCAUGUCAUCAGCCCUAGACUUACCUGAGCUCGCCAGGAGACACGAAUCCCUGAGCAUUUUGGUGCCUCCUUGUAAAGCACAAAAUCCUUAGUAGCUUAAAAAUGAGAGGGAGCCCUCUGGAGCCUCGAGUACUGCCCCCGAGGGACAGCAGAGCGCAGCCAGAAAUGCCUCCUGUGCCCUCUGGUAUUCGCUGCCAGGGGCUGGGGUCCUUGCAGUCCCUUUGGUGCACCGUAUGAUGUGACCAGUUCGUGCUGGAUAUACCCAGGGAACUCUAGAAGCAUUCAUGCCCAUCUUUCAACAACAGCUGAUUGUUAUUUACAUUAAUUAAAUUCCCUGCGAGCUGUCCCUGGGACAAAAGGGCUAACAGCACCCUGCGGUCAGUGCAUGCGCCUCCAGGCGACGCAGCGCCCCAAGAGCUUUGCGGCAGCAACACUACCGUGCAUUAAUAUUGUGAGGCAUUGUUCCGUGCAAAAUGCAUCCAUUGCCUUUCCAACCCGACACGCUCAAACCUCCCGGCCUGCCGAAGCGCUCCGCAAGCCGCAGCCUCGGUGAGCCUCUGCACGUCGAUGCCAGAGCAAGAGCUCUUCCUGCAGCCUGUGCUGAAGCGCAGAAUCACCAACCGGUGCAUUAUUUAUGGGAGACCUUAUGACCAUCAAAUCAUCAGUUUUCAAUAUUUUUUAAACCAUGCCGUAGAAAGUGAAGUAUGUUUUCACAGCGUUUUCAGUCCAUACAGUUGUAAGUGCCAGGUAGUUUCCAGCCUUGUGCUGGCAGAGCCCAGCCCUGCCCGUCUCGGUCUCUUCUCUCCACUGACAGUGGUAACAGGGCAAUGCGCACUCAACUCCACUCCCCAUUUUGGGUGUUUCACACUGCAUUCAGUUGAUUAUUUUUUUUUUAAUAAUUAUGUUAAACAUUUAAACUGCUGGAGUUUAUUUUGAAACCGUCAUUAAAAAUAUGAAAGUGCUGUACAUAGAUUUUGCUACACGUUGUAACUUUCCAGAAUAGUUAGAACUUCAAUCCCCUUGGUAUUUUUAUGUGAAUAUUUUCAAAGAACCAGAACUUCUGAGAUAUGGUUAUAUUAUUUGAUAAUGGGACUAUGUAUAUUCACAAUUCAGUCUCUACUCAAUGCCUACGUGCUAUCCCCAAAAUAAAGCUACUGCCUUCUGCCUCCU